GUAAAAAGGACUACCAUUCACGCCAGAUAUUGACGUUUUACCUUUGUUUUUCGUGAACCAGCCCAAUCAGGAUUGCGUGAGCUCUCGAAUUGUACGACUCAUGCGUACAAGACGUACGAUGGAAACAGCUUAUGGAUCAGAGAUGACGUAUUCCUCCUUCUCAGUUAGGGAUUCGAUCGAAGAUGUACUACAAUGGCGCCACUAGCGGUUUAGUUAUCAACUAGAUUUGUUUAUUUCGGAGGGACAUUUCCAUUCAUGCGAGUCAGUAUAACCGCCUCUUCCGUUCGAUGGUUUUUGCGCCAUUUCUUGUUUAAUUAAAAGUUAAUUUUGCAAUGGAGACCAGUAAUGGUGUACGAAUCAAACUGCCAUCCAAUGACAGCUUUGAUGAAGAUACCCUUAGUGAUGAUGUGGAUGAUGAAGUCUUUAUCAAAUCUGCAAGAAAUGGUUUUCGAAAUUCAAACAAAGAUAAAACCCUCCAGAAGCCACUAAUGGCACCAAGGAAGAAAUCCGACAAAGAAAAGAAAAUGGGAGCUCAAAAUGGUCGCUCAAAUGGUGCUCAUCUAAUGGAAAUUCAUACUGCAACACCCAAAGGGUCUCCCUAUCUCAUUACUGUAUUAUAUGUCACCAUUGCUUUGGGCGCUGUAACAGGGCUUACAGGCUUGGUGAUCUUUUUGGCCAAGUCACAUUUAGCAAAUUUUGUGCAAAGGGUGAGCAUUUGGAAGCCAAACAGGGGUGUUGCACCUCUUGCGGAACCUUGUGACAGCUUUGUGGAAGAAGCAGUUUGGGAAGUGAACAUACCCCAUGCCAUAUCAGAAGGCCAAAAAGUCCUUACAUCUGUGGACAUAAACAAAGAUUCUAUUGAAGAUAUAAUCAUUGCAUUUGAUUCAGGUUUGAAUGGGGUGACUCCACUGACGUCCUUUUUAUGCCGGCUGUAUUUCAACACUUCUUCCACUGUUUGUGACGGAGGACUAGUAGCCGUCAAUGGAAGCAAUGGUGCUAUUUUGUGGACUACGUGGCUAGACGAUGCCGUCUUUGCCGUCAAUUGCGUUGCAGAUUUCGAUUCUGACGGGAUUAUCGAUUGCACUGUGACUGGCAAAUCGAGGGCGCUGUGGACUGUCAGUUCCAAGGACGGUAAACAACUUUGGGGGAUAGCCACUGACAAGCUACAACUUCCUUGUUUGGCUGGUUCCAAUUUUCGCUCGGCUCAGGUCGUUGAGGAUAUCAGCGGAGAUAAAAUCCCAGAUCUAGUUGUCGGCAUUAGAGGAGCGCUAGUCAAAUGCCCCGAUUACAUUGCCGUCGUUAAUGGCGUCACGGGCAACGUGUUGCAGCUAACGGGUAUUCCAGAUCAAGGCUCCCUGUCCGUCGGUCCAUUGCUUAAAGGCUCUGGAGAUGGUUCCACCUUUGUCCUUUACUCGACCAAGGGCAUCAACGGCAGUCUUUUCAUGGCUUCCCUGAAAGAUGUAGCCUCAGGUCGCAAAGAUUUGGUCCGGACCGUGUUGAGCAACGUCAGCCGGAUCGAGGAGAUGGUCGUCAGCGACAUCACGGCCGAUGGAAUGGAGGAUUUGAUUGUAACGAUGGACAACGGGACAGCGGGAGGGAAAGACGUGGUAGCCUUGAACGGAAAUGGCUUCCAUUGUCUGUGGAUCCAUACAGCCCCUGCUGGGACUACCCUCAAGAUCCAAGCGCUAGCCAAUCUGAAUGAAGAUGAUCUGCCAGAUGUGGCGCUCCAAGUGACUCAGAUGGCCGGUUCUGCCAAUACGACUUGGAUUCGAGUACUGGACGGCAGCAAUGGCAAAGUAGUAAUGAACCUACCGGCCCGUUUACGGCACUGGGCAGUGCACGGCGAAACGUUGGCCGUUGAAGGAAUGGGUGCGGAUGUGAUUAUUGAUUGGAUAGCAGACGACGAAGACGAAACUGCGAAAUCUCAAAUCAAUCGUCUGAUGGGCUUUUCCUCUCGUGGAGAACUGCCCGCUCUCGUCGUUUAUUCUACGCCGACGGUGACACCAUCAAAGCAGACGGGUUACGCCUCCGAGACAUCCCUUCGCAACAUUUUGGACGGCGUGUCCCAAGAUGAUGAUUUGCGCGCCAAAUUCAGCAAUUACAUCCAGCACACGGAAUCGGAACGCACAUCGGACGCUAUUCAAAUGACGGAGGAGAUAGAACCUAAUGUUAUUGUCUAUCCAGCUCAGCACGGCAUUCGCAAACACGGUCGCUGGAACAAUCGUCCACAUCAUGAUGGGCCGUUUCAACCGGCGUCCUACGACUAUGAUCCACCCACUGCAGCCGAUUUAAUGCCACCUGCCGCCGAACCUGCCGUUCCGGCUGUUGGCGAGUCACGCUACCGCGUUAAGACACAACGGCCAGCCGCCUGGAAGGAUCAAGACUUGGAGGAGGAUAGCCCUUAUGUUGCCAAUCCCAACGACUACGUUGAUAUCGCCUCGUCGGACGGAGAUUACGACCUGGAAAGCCGAGAUUACAGUCGUUACCGUCAGAGACAGUCGAGACCGCAACAGCAACCUUGGCGACCGGAACGCAAUGGCGGUCGUCGUGGUAAGCGAAUCCGACGUCAAGCACCAUUGAGUGCCAACCAACCCAUAGAAUCUAUUGGUUUUCCUCCUUUGGUCGUUGAUUCCGGAGCCAAAAGCUAUACUGAUUUGAUUUUCGGAGUCCAGUGGAGCUGGACAGAGGCUGAAGAGAGCGGGCAACAGCUGCAGGAGCUUUCUGACUGCGUCAGCCGACGUUUAGAUCAAGGUCUCGAUUUGAACGAGGACGCUGUCGUCGACUACGCUGCCGAGUGUUUUCUAUCACUUGGCGUUGAAGAGGAAGAAGAAACAGCUGAUCUCAAGUUGGUCGCUUCAGCCGUGGAUCAGUGGCUGCGACCGCUGGCGCGACGCCGUCACGGCUGGGUCGCUCUCAAGAGAGUUCGUCUUCAAUGUAGUUGCCAUUCGGGCGUUCCCAAGAGUUUGACUGGAUCACGACAAAAACCUUGCGCCAACCUACGGCCCGUCUCCGAACGACGCAAAGUCGAUUUCCAUUACUAUCAUUGAAAUUUAGUUAUUUAUUAUGAUUAUUUUUUUGCGUUCCAGGAAAAGUAAUAUUCCCACUUUUAUCCUCCCCUUUUUUGUUUUAUUUGAACGUCUACUAUUAUUAACAGAAGAAUAUUUCAUUAAAUGGAUAUAUAAUAAUUGAUACGUCGUCUGACCGCCCCCUUAAAGUGUGUCGUCAUCCAUUCAUACAAGGAGACAGAUUUUGUCCCCUAACCCUCGAGUCGAUUAUCAAUCAAGUUGUAACCCACUUUUUUUGUCCCUGUGUGACUUGUUCUAGACGAUUUCGAUGUCGGUUGUGUCUAUCCAUUUUCUCCUCCUUCCUCCAUCCGGACACUUAAGUCUUCUUUUCUUUCGCUGGAUCCAUCCCAAAUAUUACAUGUCUCUGUGUGUGUGUGUUCUUGUGUAACACGGCGAGGAAAAAUACACACAUGGAACGCGUA